AUGUUCGCUCCGGGACAAGAACAGCUCUCCAAGGAGGAGAUCAAGGCUGGUGAGGCUCAGGCUUGCCAGACCGUCAACAUGGCCAUCACCGGCGCUGUCUUCCUCUACCUCUCUCCCUUCGCCGUCGACUUCGUCAAGAAGUUCCUCUAA